UUCUUCAUUUUUCUCUGCAGUAACAGUAACGUCUCAUCUAAAUACGAGGACAUCAUCUCCAAAAGUGUUCUGCUGCAUAAAGGACCUCCUGCUGUCUACCAGCUGAGAACAAAGAAAGAGAACAUCGGAACUCUGACAAAACUGACUGUUGGUGAAAGAAAUGUGAACAAGAUGAAUAAAACUAUUUUAUUUGUGGGAGAAACAGGAACAGGAAAAUCUGCUCUGAUCAAUGCUCUGGUCAACUACGCCAUGGGAGUGAAGUGGGAGGAUGAAGUGUGGUUUCAGAUUGUAGAGGUGCAAAGUAGUCAGACAGAAAGUCAGACAAAAGAUGUGAUUGUAUAUGAGGUUUUUGGUUUUGAAGAUAAAACCAAAAAUUACUCUCUGACCAUCAUCGAUACUCCUGGAUUUGGAGACACCAGAGGAAUUGAACACGAUGAGUUAGUCGGUCAAAAGUUGUUGGACUUGUUUAGACUGGAAGAUGGAGUUCAUGAAGUCAAUGCAGUGGGCGCGGUGCUGAAGGCGAGUGAUAAUCGACUGAGUGACCGACUGAUGUAUAUCCUUGAUUCAGUGAUGUCUCUGUUUGGAAAAAACCUGGAGAAAAACAUUGUAGCUCUGAUCACAUACUCAGAUGGAAGAAAUCCUAAAAACGCUCUUCAGGCUCUUGAAGCUGCAAAAAUCAAAUGUGCCAGAAAUGAGGAGAAUCAGCCUGUUCACUUCCUGUUUCAUAACAGUCAGCAUGAAGACCGAACAGAGGAAGCAGAAUUCCUGAAAGGUCCUUUUAAAUUAUCAGAGACAGGAAUGAGUGAGUUCACAGCCUUCCUGGAAAAAACUGCACCUCAGAAGCUGAUGACAACAGCUGAUGUGUUGAAUGAACGAACUGGAAGGAACGGACUGAAAAACUGCAUCCAAAACCUACAAGAGAGAAUCAGAUUUAUUGAAGCAAAGCAGACAGAAAUCAGUCAGACUGAAGAAGCUCUGAAGGAACAUGAAGAAGAGAUGAAGAAUAACCAGAAGUUCAUUGUGGAAGUUGAUGAACCCUACAAAGAGAAAGAACCUAUUGAUGGUGGGAUGUGGGGGUUGUUGUUUUAUGAAGCAGCUGUCUGCUGUGAAGUCUGUGAAGAGACCUGUCACUAUCCUGGAUGUACAGUGGCCUGGUAUCCUGCACACUGUGAGGUCAUGAAAAAAGGCUGUUGCACUGUUUGUACCAACAAGUGUCCUGCAUCAGAUCAUGUGAAAGAAAAGUGGAGAUAUGUGACCAGGACAAGGAAAGUGAAGAAGACUCUGGAAGACAUGAAACUGAAGUAUGAAGAGAAUCAGACAGAAACUCAGAAUAAGCAGAGUCUUUUGGAAAAGCUGAAUGAAGAAAUGAAUCAGCUGACGGCAGAUAAAACACGGUGGCUGGAGGAGGCCUACCAAUGUGUUGUCAGACUGAAGGAGAUCGCUCUGAAAGCUAAUUCAGUGUCCACUUAUGUCCACCUGGACUUCCUGAUUGAGAAGAUGAAGGAGAACGGAGACACAGAGAAGGUCCAGGACCUGGAGAAGAUGAAAAACACAGUGGAUGAAGGAACCAGAGCAGCAGUGAGGUACAUUGUGGUUUCACAGCAGUUGGUAAAAAAGUUGGGAAACCGUUAAUGAAUCAGUUUAAGAAGUAACAUCAUCAGUGAGAGCUGUCGAGGAAAGUGUUUCUCACCUGAUGUGACUCCAAAAGAACCUGCACAUUUUCUGACCACAUGACCUUUUACUGUGAGAUCAAAUCAGAUCAGAUAAUCCCUUAUUAAUCCCACAGCAGAGAAAUGUGCAGCAGAGAGGAAAGGGCAGAACAUGUAGGAAUAGGAAUUUAGAAAAUAAGUUCUGUUGAUACUGUACAGGUUCCUCUGAGUGUGGAAAAGUAACAAUAAUGCUCAGAUGUUGUCAGAUUUUUUAUUUUUUUUAAAAAAUUAAAUAAUGGCUGAUAAAAAGCAAUCAGUUGUUGAGUAAUUAAUAAUCAAAUAUAGUUUAAAGUCACUGAUUUUGGGUCUACAGGGAAAAAUUGUUAAACUAUCUCUGGACAAAGUUGUAGCAUUAAAUUCUGGGUUCUUAUGCCUAUCACUCUCCUCCAGGAUUGAAAGUAACUAGUUACAUUUACUCUUACUUCAGUAGGAAGUUAUUUUUGUUGUUGCUUUUUCUAUAUUUUUGAAAAAUGUUUUAAUUUUUUUUUCGUUGAUUCCACUUAGAUUCUGAGGUGGUCAGGUGGGAGGUUUUUCAGAUUUGUUUGGUUUUAUAUUGAAUGAGCCAAAUGACAUAAAUGCAUCGAUAUCUAACCUCCUCUGUAAGUCCAGUAAUAUAUACUCAAAUUAAUACAUUUUACUUUUAUCAGAGUCCAUUUACACAUGUGUAAUAUUAUUUUAUUUUUACGGGAGUGGAAUCAUUUUUUUUAAGCCAAGUAUUUGAAGUACUCUGGAGCACUGUGUAGUAUGUGGAGUGGAGCUGACAGUUGUGCUGGUUGAUGAAGUGAGGACGCCCCCUGCUGCUUCAAGUUCAGCUCCACCACUGGCAUCACAAACAAAACAUUGUUCUACCGAAAAACGUCUUUCUACCUGGUUGUUCCAAUGUUUCACAUCUGUUCAUAUUAUAACGACUGGGUGAAAUAUUUUCAGUGAAACAGAAACAUCUGGAUCCUUUUCUGUUGGGUUAUUUAAUUCACUGUAUUGUUGUUCUAUGUGAACUCAUCUCCUGGUUGAUGCCGUUUUAUGUGAAUCUUCAAUAAAUCUCUUUGCUGCCAGUGUCUUUACUGGAUCAUCA